AUGAGCUGUCAAACUAUUGAAAAUGUUUUAGAUAUUUUAGAAACUAUCGAUGUAAAUACAUUAAAGAAUAAGAAAAAAAUUACAGAAAUUCUGAUUAAAAAUAUACCUGAUGCUAUUGAUGAAAUUUAUGUUUUGAGUAAAAAAUCUGAAUUGAAAUGCUACUCAAAUAAAAUAAAAUUAUGCAGUAGCCAAUUGGCCAAAGUUCUUCCGUCAUUUGUCAAGAUAUUGACAGCAAGAACAGAUCCAGCUUUUAAAGAAAUUACUCAUUAUUUAGCAGAAAAACUUCAUUGGUGCUUUAAUGAGGUUUUAAGAAUUACGAAAGGAGGUGGUUUAGAAGAUGAUUCAGAACCCAGUGGAUUAUUUAUGAAAUCAGUUGAUAACAUAGCUGAUUUUUUUAUUAAAUCUGACCUGCACGAUGCUUCAUUGAAGAUGCUUAUUGAAGACUUAUUAUGUCAUGCAUUGACAAUAGCUAAGGUUGCAGCUGAAGAAGAUUAUCAAGAAAUUGCAGCAGCUUGUAGAAAUGUUUUGAUCUGUACAUCAGAGAUAUUCACAAUUGCUGAUAUUGAAAAAGAGCCUUUGAAAAAAGAUGCAAUCCUCUGUUCGAUAGCUGUUUUAGAAAGAAAAGUAAAUAUUGCAGUGCUGAGGUUGUAUCUAAAUGUGAGUUCUAAAUUUCUCCCUCCGCUUAAAAGUAUCAUUAAAAAAUCAGGAAAUUACUGUUCUAAUUCCAGUAAUUCAAGGCAGCCAAGUGACAUACAAAAUGAAGUAAACGUGUUAGAUGAAUAUUUUGAAAGGGUUCAGCUCAUCGGAAACUAUGCAGUUGCCUGUACUGAUUGUAAAAAUAAAAAACUGAAAGUUCAGUGUUGCUUGGCAAGUUUAGAAUUUCUGGCAAACUACAUUAUACCUGCUGCUACAUCGUUCUAUUGUGAUCCAAACAAUUUAGUCAAAAAAAGAUUUCUUCAGUACCUAACUGAUGAAUCCUUAGAUGAGUUAAAAGCACUAACAUGCCAUCUAGAUUAUAACAUUGUUGAUACAGCUGCAUUUGUGCAGGUCAUUCAUGAAGAUAUUGUAGGUGUCAUUUUAACAUUAAAGGAAAAAGUAAACUCUGGAUCAUAUAAUCCUCAAGAUUCAAAUGAAUUGAUUUCAAAAUGUUAUAAACUUGUUAAUCACUUGAAAGUAACUGAUGAUCCAUUAGUAAAAGGAAAUCAAAAUGUUACCAAAACUGCAAAACAGCUGCUAAAUGCUUUAAAAGAUCUUGGAGAGAAAAGUCGUGGUUUUAAAUCAAUGCUUGAUAAAAAGCCAUUUUAUGCUAAGUUAGAUUGCAUUGUCUUGAAGAUUGAACAAUUGUUAGAAGAAUUAAAUCAAGAAUAUCUUGAUUUCUUGGAAAAUACCAAUCGGAGCAACACUGGUAAAAGUGACCAGUGUAGUAAGGCAAAAGCAAGAAACUUUGUAAGAUUCUCAAGCUAUUCACGAAAAGACAGCAGUGAAAAUUCUAUUCAGUUGGAAACUCAAAAAAAUGCUGCCUGUUCUACACCAAUAUCUGUUAACCUCCAAAAAAUUGCUACUCUUCAUAAAAGUUGUCAUUCAGGAAAAUAUCCAUCUACUCCUAAAAAUAACAUUGACUCACUUGACCCAUAUCUAAAGAAAAUUGGAGAAACUCCUCUAUUACGUUCUGCUGUUCGUAUAAAAACUCCUUAUAGAGAAAUUUAUCAAAAGAGAACAAUACCAAAUCAUCCCCUGUUCUUAAUUUCUGAUGCUGAAGAUAGUGCUUGUGGCGCACUGAGUUGAUCAUUCGCAGUACCAGUUUCAGCUUAACAGCCCAAAAGAAAUGAUAGUUAAAAGACUAACUAACACAUUAGCUGCGGUUACACUCCCCGUCGUCCGAUAGCUUUAUAUCAGAUAUAAUGAUUAUUUAAGUUUGCAUCUAUUCAGUUCCCUUUCAAAUAUUUUUUAACAUGACCAUUUUAUAGACUCUGUAAGAUAGGCAAAAUUCGAAACAAUUCCGGCUGAAAUCGAGAAAAAUAUCGGAAUCCGGGGACCAUAGCCGCAGCUAACGUGUUAAAAAAAAAAUCAACAAACAUUAAUUAUUUACUUGCUCAUUUGUUACAUUCCAUGUUUUAAAAAUAUUGGUUGUGUCAAAUAUAAGACUUAUGGUCAAGUUGAACUGUUGAUAUGUAUAUUGGACAACCAUUAAGGGUUCUUAUACAGACCACCAAAGAUUAUCAGUGAUACUGCUGCAAGUCGACAAUCUCUAACUUUGGCAUAGUCCCAAUAAGUGACCAAUGAUAGACUGUUUUAUUGUACUGUUAGGUUUUAUCACUUUUAAGUUCACUGAAACCCUAUGUGGUAAUGAUCUGUGAAUUUGUUUUAAAAAAACUACAUCAGUAUGAUUCCCUUAUCUGUGAUACCCCUAUUAUAUGAUAAGAUAAGGAAGUAACUUCAUUACUGUUGUGCCUUAUUACUGCAUUCCUACCCUUAAUUUAUUUUUCAGAUUACUAUUGUAAUGUUUAACAUAAAUUUUGUGUUCAUAUUAAAUGUUAAUAUGUAAGAUUUACUGUAUUUCGCUAGUUAAAAUAUUUGUAUUAAUAUUUAUUGUUUUAAUGUUAUAUUUUACUUGUCUUUUUCCCAUCACUUCUUCCUGUCCCAUUAUUUUGUAUAGAAAGCUUGUUUUGGAAAGUCUCUUGUGUUCGAUUUUAUCAUUCUUCUGUAACAGUUUUUAAUAUUUUUUUUUUUACCUUAAAUCACCUUUUGUAAUUUAUUUUUUAUGAUAGUUCACAUUCUCUUUAAGUCCACAUAUAUUAGUCAGUUUUAUUUUGACUGUUUGUAACUAUUUAAUUUCUUAUGUAUGUGAGAAAUAAUGUAUCCCUUGUUUUUGUAUAUGUAUUCCUGUAUCCAUGAUUUCAUUUGUUUGUUAAUUUAUUUGUAUUUUACCACAUGUACCUUUAAAUUUUUUAUAAUAUUUUUUUGUUUUAUUUUUACCUGCAUCCCAUGAUUAUCAUAAUAAUUUG